AUAUUUUUGAUAAUUUAAAGAUUAAAAAUAAAUGAUUAAACUUUGUCAAAUUAAACUAAUAAUCGAGUGAAAAAUUAAUUGUAUUAUGGACUCAGACGCUCCACCGUUGUCUCGCUCUCGUCCGCCUACUUCGAACGAUAACAAUGAACGACUGUCGGAUGCCAAUGAAGAUAUUCAAUUUUCUCCUUACCGCUAUGAGAUGCAACCUGUGUCAUCACAAUCCUUAGCACCGCUUACAUACCCGACGCCUAUUUCGGCUUGGCCCAACGCUCAAAACUUCCCACCAUAUUUGGAAGCCAACUCUUCCCAGCCAUCAUCAUAUAUGUACCAUCCACCAUCCUCGAGCAUGAGAUUACAUCCGACCCAACAAGUGUCGCCAAAUUGUUUAGACUGGAAAAUCAAUCCUAUUGUAGCACCUACGAGGCAGUUCAAAACCACGCCUAAACCGUUAUUUCCUCUUGGUUACAGUUCAACCAUCUCGGAAAACUGGAUGGAAGGCAACAAAGGUCUUCAGUACAGUAUUAAAAAUUUUACUUUCUGCACCAAAAGGACAUCGAGCAAUACAAAAGAUGUUGAAAAAGCAAACGAGUAUGACUCGUUAUUUGUGUCUAUUCCUCAGGCACUGGAAGGAGAUUAUCAUUACUAUGUGUGGCCAGCGUCUCCUGUCCUGGCGUGGAUUUUAUGGGAACACAGACUUGAACUACCAGGAAAGAGGAUACUGGAAGUCGGUUCGGGUACAUCCUUACCGGGUAUCAUUGCAGCAAAAUGCGGAGCUAUUGUUACAUUGACUGAUGAUCCACGAGUGCCAGGAACUAUUAAACAUAUACAAAAGUGCUGUUACAUGAACGGCCUUUACCCAGAACAAAUAAGAGUGAUCGGACUUCCAUGGGGAUACUUCUUACGUGAAACUCUCAACUUGGGACCAAUUGACUUGAUUAUAGGCUCAGACUGUUUUUACGAGCCAAACUUGUUUGAAGACUUAAUUGUGACCAUAUCGUAUCUGUUGGAACGCAAUCCGAUGGCAAAGUUUAUGACGACGUACCACGAAAGAGACCCUGAUUUAGGAAUCGACGAACUAGCAGAUAAGUGGAUGCUCAAUUGUACUCAUAAAUCUCUUGAAGAAUUGGGCAAAAACAAUGAAUUGGAUAUUUAUGAGCUGAUGAAAGGCAACGAUAUUCAUCUUUUAGAGAUUACUAGAAAAGUGUUAAAAAAUAAAUGAACUAUUGUAUUAUAAUGUUUAUAAUAUAUAUUUUUUAAUAUUUUCCCUUUUUUUUUAUGUACUUAUUAACUUAUCUUAUAGACUUUUAAAACAUAGAAUUAAAAUUAAUAAUUUGAUUCCGUCCAUUUUUUAUAAUAUAAUGAUGUAUUUUUAUUGAACAUUUUAAAUUUAUUUAUGUUUAAACCUUAAGUUAAAAAAAUAAUAAGCUGUGCUUGGGAACAGCUAAUAAUUUAACCGUAGUAGUGUUUAGAGAAAAGGUUGUGUAUGAACUGACAAAUAUGUAUUUUGAGAUUAUUGUAUCAUGUGUACACUUGAGAGGACUUUAUACACCCAUUUGUAUAGUGUAAAUACUACUAAAA